AUUACCGGGGAUUUGUGUACGGAUGUAUUACGGAGCCCGUUAUGUCUAUAGAACAAUAAAGAAGAGGCUAUCGAUGGCACGUGACACCACAGAUGGGUUUUUUUGGCGAACCUUUCGAUAUUAAGUAUACCGUGUAAACUGGCAGACGCGAGAUUAAUAAAUAAUUAAAGAUAAAGGACUACAGGAAGACGCGCGCGCUGUUGAAAGUUUCAUCGAUCUGCGCGCUCUCGCCGCGUGAUGCCGAGUUGAGUUCGCGGGGAUCUCGCGGAACGGCGCGAACACUCCGUAACGGUUCCCCGGUGGAUGUGCUUUAAAUUUCUGUCGCGAUCGGAGUUCAUUUCGGAGCUGUAGUGUGAAAUGUGAGCCCGUUACCGGAUUCCGAGGCUGUGUUGAAGCGCAAUGACAGCUCGGUUCGGGUUUGAGGAGGGGUCAGCGGUCUCGUUUCUAAGGUCAUUACAGUGCUGAAUUCACAGUGCAGCCCACAGAUGCAUUAGAAAACAAACUUCAUCACCAGAAGGCUCGGAGACGAAGCACUCCUGUUCAUGGAGGGCCGCUGGACCCUGCUGCCGUUUCUGGGGGCGUACCUGGUCCUCCUUGGCUUGAUUACAGGCCAAGGCAUCUACACCAACACGUGGGCCGUCCACAUUGAAGGGGGAGCUGAGGAGGCUGAGAGGAUUGCGCGCAAACAUGGUUUCAUCAGUCACGGGCAGGUUUUCGGGGAUUAUUAUCAUUUCCAGCACAGGGGUGUGGUGAGGAGAUCUUUGUCCGGUCAUCGUGGGGUUCAUGUCCAACUGCACACCGAGCCACAGGUGAUUUGGGCAGAGCAGCAGAUUGCCAAGCGAAGACGAAAGAGAGACAUACACCUUGAACCCACAGAUCCAAAAUUCCCCCAGCAGUGGUACUUGUACAACCCCAGUCAUGGAGACCUGAAUGUGAAGGAGGCCUGGGCUCAGGGCUUGACAGGAAGAGGAGUGGUCGUGACCAUUCUAGAUGAUGGCAUUGAGAAAGAUCACCCCGAUUUAGUGAGAAACUAUGAUCCUGACGCCAGUUAUGAUGUGAAUGACAGAGAUCCGGACCCUCAGCCCAGAUACACGCAGCUGAAUGACAACAGACAUGGGACACGUUGUGCCGGGGAGGUGGCGGCAGCGGCAAACAAUGGCGUCUGUGGAGUGGGUGUGGCCUACAAUGCCAAAAUCGGAGGUGUGCGGAUGUUGGACGGAGAGGUAACAGAUGUUGUGGAGGCUCAGUCUCUCAGCUUGAACUCCCAGCACAUCCACAUUUACAGCGCCAGCUGGGGCCCAGAGGAUGAUGGGAAGACCGUGGAUGGCCCUGCCAAACUGGCCAAAGAAGCUUUCCUGCAGGGGGUUACUGAGGGUCGAGGUGGCUUGGGCUCUAUCUUUGUUUGGGCAUCGGGUAACGGAGGGAGAGAGCGAGACAGCUGCAACUGUGACGGAUACACCAACAGUAUCUACACGCUCUCCAUCAGCAGCACCACACAGUAUGGAAAUGUGCCGUGGUACAGCGAGGCCUGUUCCUCCACCCUCGCCACCACCUAUAGCAGCGGAAACCUCAACGAGAAACAGAUUGUGACAACGGACCUGAGGAAGAAGUGUACGGACUCGCACACGGGCACCUCCGCCUCGGCUCCUCUGGCCGCGGGAAUCAUCGCUCUCGCUCUGGAGGCCAACAUGAACCUGACCUGGAGAGACAUGCAGCAUCUCGUUGUACGAACCUCACGUCCCGCCCUCCUUAUAACCAACGACUGGAGGACCAAUGGCGUGGGGCGAUUAGUGAGCCACUCUUAUGGCUACGGUCUGCUUGAUGCUAGUGCCAUGGUCGCUUUGGCCCAGAACUGGAGCAGCGUGGGGCCGCAGCACAAAUGUGUCAUUAAUAUGCUGGCCGAGCCCAGGGACGUAAGAAACCACCUGAUCUUCAGCAGAAGUGUAGAGGCCUGCUCUGGGCAGCUGGAUUUUGUGAGCUCUCUGGAGCAUGUGCAGGCCAGACUCACCCUCACCUAUAACCACAGAGGAAACCUGGCUGUCCACCUCAUUAGCCCGCUGGGAACUCGCUCCACGCUGCUGGCUCCACGGCCUCAGGAUAACUCAGCCGAAGGCUUCAACGACUGGGCAUUCAUGACCACUCACUCCUGGGACGAGGACCCUCGUGGAGAAUGGACGCUAGAGAUCGAGAAUGUGGCUGGACUAAAUGAUUACGGUGUUCUUUCUCAGUUCACCCUCAUCUUGUACGGCACCGGCUCCAGUGCCACAGAUCCAUCCAUUUCUGAUUACACCCGGCCCUCCAACAACAGCUGCAAAACUUUUGACACCCAACAGAUCUGCAUCGGAAAGGUUCAACGUGCUCUUUGGAGGUAGAAAAGUAAAAGUUGCUGACAUUCAGAACGAGUAGGUGGUGCCAGAUUGUUUGAACUGAAGCUCUUGCAUCCGAAGCGAAGUACAAGGAAUUUCAGAGACGGUGCGAGGAUGUUUAUUCAACACUUCAAUGAGCAUAUCAGAUGAGUUGCCAUUGAGCUUGGCUUAAUUUUGCAAUAAGCAUAUCGUUUAUUCACUCACAAAUAUGCUUUGAUCUCAUUUCAGUGAAAAGUCUGUUCCAAACCGGGUUUUAAAAACCUUGCACAAAAGAUGGUGUGCACAAUGUUCUUGCUUCUCCUUUCUAUAGAAUGAAUAUAAGAGCUGUCAAGCUCCAAAAAUAAAGUGUUAUAAAACUGCUUCAUGUGCUGUGUUCUGAAGCCAUAUGACAUACAUAGGUAAGGGACAAAGGGGAAUUUCAAAGUCGUUCGCACCGAAGAUGACGAAUACCCCCUUGGGGUUGUUCAGCCGAAAAUUACAUUUCUGUCAUUAAUUUCUCGCUACAAUAACUAUAAAUCAGUUGACACCAAUGAAUGGGAGCUGUUAUUCUAUAAGUUAUUCUGUUAUUAAUUACUCUCAUGUCGUUUUAAACCUUUGUUCAUCUUCGAAGUACAAGUUAAGAUAUUUUUGAUGAAAUGUGCCAGCUUUUUGACCCUCCCAUAGACUGCAACGAUGGGAUAUUAUUAAAAUAGUCCAUGGGACAAACGUUAUUUUAUGAAGCUACACUAGUAUUUUUAGUGCAUGAAGGAAAAAAAUAGCGACUGACCAAUUCAAACUCUUCCAUGUCAGUCUUCGAUGUGCGUUCAAACACUGCCAUGAUGCAUACAUGUGCUUCCGACAUUCAUCUGUGUGUUCUGUUCCAAAUAAGUAAAGCUGAAAACUCUUCCUCUCUGUCGAAGUCUUCGUACAUGUCUAUGAAGACGUACAGCGUUAAUAUUCCUCUGCACGGUGCAUCUGGCUUCAUCAGAGCGCUCAGCAGCACCACACCGAUACGAAGACUGACAUGCAAAAGGUAGAAAUUGUUCAAUAAAGUCAUUAUUUGUUUGUGUUUUCUUUGUGCAUAAAAAAGAUCCUCGUAGCUUUAUUAAACUGCUACCCUUCUGGGCCUGUCAGUUGCAUUGCCGUCUACGCAGGGUCAGUAAGCUCUCGGAUUCCUAAGAUGGGUUUGAAACCACAUGAUGGUGAGUAAUAAUGACAAUUGCACUUUAUUAUAUUUGUGUUAAACAGUUGCCAUUCAUUGGUGUCGAUUGCUACAUAGUUGUUGGUGUGAAUGAACCUCAAGGCCUAUUUACACCAGUGACAGUAACUGUGACUACGAAGUGUCAACGUUCAUCGAGAAUAGGGAGUCCACACAACAUCUUUAACAGAAACGUAUCAUUGGAAUCAAUUUAUGAAUAGUUUUUUUCCCCAGCUUUUGAAUAACAAAAACAUCGACAGCCAAUCAGAAGCCCCCAGUUUUGAAGAGCUCAAGCAUUUAGAGUGGGACAUGCCAAAACUGCAGUGUCCGUAGCAUGCUUGGUGUGAAUAACCUUUAGUCUCAGUCACAGAAAAUCUCUCGAAAAUCAUGUUUGUUUGAGACUUGCAAGAACCAAUCGCUGACGUCGAACAUCUUGGUGUCAUUUUUGAAUAUGCAAAAAAUCAGAGGACAAUUUAUAGCGUUUCACAUUGUCGGAGAAUGCUUCAGAAUACAGCAUAUGACUAAUAUGAACUACUUAUUAGAGCUUUUUGCUUAUUUUCAAAAUUUGACAGCCCAUAGACAUUGCACGGGAAUAGUGCAGCUAGGACAAUCUUCAGAGCUUCUCAUUUUACGCUCCCCAGUCAAAGAAAGCCGCACGGCUUUUGAUCAACAUAAGGGCGAGUAUAAAUGACAGCAUUUUCAUUCCUGUCUCAACUAAUCCCUCAAAAACGUCUCCAUCUCUAUCAGCGCCUCUGUCGUCUUAUUAAAGUCCUCAGCGGCGAGAUUGAGUUUUAUUGCCGUCUCAGCCCUCAGACUUAUUAAGAAGAAUGGCCUCUUUCUCAAACGCCUGGGCUCAGGGAGCAAGCCGCCCUUUUGCACACAAACCCGUCUGCUGCGGAGAAAACCGAAUCUGGUCUCAGUUGAGCGUGAAAGGGCAUCGAAAAAAAUAACCAUACAAAAAAAAAAAAAAAAAAAAGGCCAGUCUGACUUCAGCAGACCUGUCAGGACAGAAGUAUUUCCAGUUCUUUCCAAAGGCUGUCUGGUAAAUCGGUAUUCGCUAUCCCGGCUCUCACAGAGAAUGUUUAGAUAUAAAAA